AUGGAGUUCAGUCUGAGUGGAAAUGCACUCAAAACCUUUGCUCGCUCCAUCACCUGUCUCGCUCGCAUCGGAAACGAUCUCGUUUUUCAGUGCUCUCCCUCUCAGGUUCCUGCUGUUUUCUUCUUCUUGUUGCUCAGUCAAUUUUCUAAUUGGUUUUGGGCUUCUCUGAACCAGAGAUUGUCUUAUAGGAUUCCAGAUGCUGGGCAGAUGCAUGCCCACAAUUGUCCUGUUUUUCUGCCAUUUGAUAAUAUCGGGAUCGAGUUUCUCCCUUCACACCCUCAAUUCGUCAAGGCCAUCUGUUCAGUUCUGAGAACCCCAAUUGCUAGUAUUGAUCAUUUAAGCGGAUUACUUCCUGAUUCUGAUGCAUCAAAGUUGCAGUGGACUUUAGACUGUUUCAAUGGAAUGAAAAAAUCUUAUUGGAUUACUUGCAAUGUUGAACCUGAUAUACAACAUCUAUCACUUGACCGAAGAAAACUUCCCAGCAGCUUUGUAGUAAGGCCUCGCGAUUUCAACAGAUUACUUGCUAAUUUUCAGUCGAGCCUUCAAGAGAUCACUAUCAUUGCAACCCAGUCAUCAGUUGUGCCACCUGAUGCUGUUGAUCAAAUUGGGGGGAAAUCUGUUGAACUUAGAAGCUACAUUGACCCAACCAAAGAAAAUGAUACAUCUCUACACACCCAGCUGUGGAUAGAUCCUGCUGAAGAGUUUGUUCACUAUUCUCACACCCGUGAUCCUGUAGAUAUUACAUUCGGGGUCAAAGAGCUUAAGGCAUUUCUUUCAUACUGCGAGGGCUGUGAAGUUGAUGUACAUUUGUAUUUUGAUAAAGCUGGAGAGCCAAUCCUGAUGGCACCAAAAUUUGGCAUGGACAACAACUCCUCUGGAAAUUUUGAUGCUACACUUGUGCUCGCUACCAUGCUUGUGUCACAACUCAAUGUUGGAAAUCCUUCUGAACCUCCAUUGGCAGCCACGGAUGAGGCGCCAGCUCAGCACGGGACAAAAGGAAACACUUUGGAGCAUCCAUCUGAUCACACCAGAAUUUGGUCCGAACUCUCAGGGAGUGCUGCCAAAGAUGGUAAUGGUGUCGAUAGGCAAGUGCCGGAGGAAAGAAACUGUAAUAACAACGAGCCGAGCACGGUUCAGAGGAUUAGCGCUAUGAACAUUUCUAAAGAUGCGAAUGCCGAUGUCAUGCCCGAUUGUCGAGAUUGCCUGCCCAUGGAAACAGAUAAUGCUGCACAACCUCAAGAUGCAGAUGCGAGUGUACAGGCUGUCUCUCAACGCCAUCCGAGCAACUGGGUAGAUGCUGAUGAGGAUGAUGAUGAAGGUGAUGAGGCUGAUUUGUGCGUGCAGUCAACUCCUCCAUACUCGUGAAAUAUUCUUGUAAUUCUUGGAGAGGAAGAGGGAAUUUUGAAAUUCAUCCUUGAAUGGAGCAAUGAGGGGGCUAAUAGAUGGUGUUGACUCUCGAGUGUGUGUGGUGUGUGUUAAAUUUUGAUUAAUGUUUGUCCUACAUUGGAUAUGUGUCAGAGAUGUGUAGGAUCUUUUUAGUAUAAAUAAAUAUAUUGUCUCUGUGUUAAAAUUGCGCCUUAUUCUCUUCUCUCAUGUCUGAAAGAAAAUUUUUAACUAAGAAAUUUCUAAUUUUUGGGUUAUUUAACCCUAGUUGUAUUUUGUUGGUGAGUUUGGCGGUGCCCGAAGCAUAGCCAAUAUGAGUUGAACUCCAUUAUCAAUUUUUUGUAUUUUGCAUUUGUGUUGAUUUAUUUUCGUUAGUAAUAGUGCUUGUCAUUAUUUAUUGUAAGGGUAUUUUUGUCUA